AUGCAGGGCGGCAAGUCGGCUCCUCCGCAGGGGUCAGACCCACAGGCUUCUGCUUCGCAGGCGCCUGCUCCACCACCGCCUCCAAGCCCCACGCCUGCGGCGGUUGGCACUACAACCACCACUGCCCAAGUCGCCAGCUCCCCCGGGGGCGGCGGCAGCUUCUGGAGCCGGGCCGUGGCCAGCCGGCCUGCUAGGGUACGGUGCAGCGCUGGGAAGCGGCAGAUCGGCAAGCGCGGCAUCGGCAGCAGUACGGCCCUCUACCCCCUGCCCACCCACAAGGCGCGAGGCGAGCGAGAGGACAAGCACAAGAGGGGCGUGGAGACAGGCAGGGGUGUGGCCAAGAAGGUCAAGAAAGGCAGCGCUCGUAAGAUGGACCGGGAGCCGAUCAUGUAUGACGGGUGGGCUCCAGGCGUCACGUUCCGGGUGGACAACGGCUGGUGGUACGCGGAGCUGCCCGGGCCGCGACUCAACCAGCCGGGGCCCGAGGACUUUUUCGAUGUGAUCAUGCACGAGGCGGACGGCACCCCAAUCGUCCACUGCCAGGGUUGCGUCCCAGGCGACCUGUACGGCGUGGUGCCGCGAUGA